AUGAGCAAAAGACCAGAACUUGUUCCUCUCAAUUUGAAGAUUGAAUCCAGCAAAGAUGCAACUAUUGCUAACGCAACUGCGUUCCUCGAUAAAUUCUUACAUGAGGGUAUCGCCAUCCAUGCUGCCAACAACACAGUAGCUGCUCAACUCCACCAACUCCAUCAAGGCUUGAAGGACGAAAAGAAGAGAAGCCGUGGCCAUACAGCAACAACCGAAACUAAAGAAUUCUAA